UUUAGCGAUAUUGCUAAGAAUUUCCAAUUCCUUUUGGAAGAAACGAAAACCUCUAGUAUUAUAUAUAGGCAUCACAACAACACUAAAAUCUCCCGCAUUCUCCAAAAUCACACAACAAAAAUUCUUGUUACUUCUGACUUUCGAGAGUAAUUCUGUAGAUCGACGUAACACAAUGGCAAACACCAAUCCCUUUUCAAUGUCGACAAUGUUCAAUGCUUUACCGGAACUCCGUUUUGCCCCCGCAAGAGAAAUCAUUAAUGAGGAGCCUCCGGCGAUGGAUUUGCGAUGGAUGUUCAACUUUAUGACUAGAAGCGAAGAUGUGCCUCGUUUCAAAGAAUUGAUCUCAGUGUUAGACACGAGAACGCUUAUGUGGAUGGCGUCUUCUUUGACGUCUGACUCCAAUUACUUCAUGGUCAUCGCAAGAAACCAGUACGGCUCCAAAAGCAUACAGAGACUCAUGGGGAUGUCAGAUGACGUGGACGUCUUCUUCUUCGAGGCUAUCAUGCGACUCUUCCUCUAUGUCAUGACCGACAAGUACGCGUCCUACGUGGCAAUAAAGGGAAUGAGAGUUUUUCAACAGGACAAGAGAGAGUUGAUGUAUGAGCACAUUCUCCAAAACGCGCUUUACCUGGCGCGUGACCAACACGGUUGCAUCGCCCUCAACGAAAUCAUAACCGACUUGGACGAUCCUUACUACAGAAACCAGCUCCUGGACAUAGUCGCGAACAACGCUCUUUUGCUAAGCAACGAUGCUUAUGGGAACUUUGUGGUCCAACACGUGCUUAAACUACGUGACUUCCGCUGCACGCGUAACAUCGCUGAUAAUCUAUGUGGCCACUGCGUCGAACUCUCGUUUAAAAAGUAUGGAAGCUACAUUGUGGAGCGGCUUUUGGAGGUGGGGGACUCAGUAAUGGAACUAGUGGUUAUGGAUCUUUUGGCGUGCAAGAGAGAGAUGUUGAUGAGGUUGGCGAGGAGUGAGUACGGGAAUUUCGUGGUGUACAACGCACUGGAUUUAACGAAGGACAUUCUUACGGCUGAUCUGUUUUAUGGUUUGGUGAGAAAGCUCAUGCCUUAUCGCCAUCUCUUGCGUAGGUCUCCUGGAAGCAAGAUUGCAGCCAUCCUGGACUCAAUGCCUGUCCCAAACUAGUUAAUGCUAGUUAUGUUUUGAGUGUUCAGUUUUUUGUUUUGGUAUUUUAUAUUAGGAUUGUUGAUUAGUGAAGUCUAGUAGAAGAAUGAUAGGUUAUGGAUUCUCAUUACCUUUAUAAAGAAGAAAAAAGAAGCUA